AAGCAAUUUGCAAAUCCACCGUUUGGCUGCGAGCUCUCGGGGUUGCACGACUAGCAGGCAGGCAAGGGCCGUUGUUUACACGCCACAGACGUGACAGCGAUGGCGUUUGCAGAUCGCGUCUGCUUAAGCCUACGCUGUCAGGUAUUCACGCUGCAACGGGGUGCUCCAACGGAUGCCACAUGGACUCCACUCGCACAAGGCAACUUAAUUCCUGUACACAUCAUCCAACGAAAGUUCCCUGAGAGGCAGCAAACGAUUGGCAAGCACACGUUCAAGGUGGCACAGGCGUUUGUCCUGCAAAUACAAGUAACGGAAGCCACCGUUCGAGAGCACCCAUUUGCAGAGCCAGGGAUCAAUGUGCAACGCAAGGCGUCGUGCUUUGUGCUCUGGUCUGAUCGCCGUCUCGGCAAAGCCAUCGGCCUCAACUUUGUGUCCGAGUAUGAUGCUGCUGAGUUCAUGCUGGCCGCUGGGGUGACGUUCCACGAGCAGCGGGAACACGUGGCGUCACUCAACCAGCACGACCGCGCUGCCGCCAACGGCCCCGUGGACCAGGCGCCAGAUGUGCAGUUGCCUGUCGAGGCACUGAACGUAUCGUCCUCGGUGCGCGUCAAACACACGCUCGUCCGCUCUAAACAGUCAAAGGUGACGCUGCUAUCGAAACGCACGUGGCACAAGAUGAUCGCCACCUUGCAGGGGUCCAUGCUUGUGCUCGCAGAGAGCGAAAAGGCGCAGCCAACCUACUUGUCUGUGGAGGAUUGUCUGGUGCAAGCGUCGUUCAAGUCGUCAUCCAAGCAACACCAGUUUGUGCUGGCGCUGGAGGGUGGUGAUUGCUUCCACCUCGCCACGACGACCAAGGAGGAGCUGCACAAAUGGGGGCGGCGCUUUCUCCUGGCAGCGAUUGUCGCCGAGACGAAAACCACAAGCAUACGCGACUGCCAGGCCAUCAUCGACACCAGGAUAGCAGAGGUAACGGAGCAAAUCACCAUUGAGACGAAUCACAUGCGCGCAACGGAGCUGCGGCUUGCAUCUGGUGGCGAUACAACAAGCAAAGAUACGCUGUCUGCGCAAGUCGCGCACUGGCAGGUGCACUUGGAGCAGCUGCACAUCACCCUCUUCCGUUAUGAGUGCUACCGCACCGUCCUGAUCCACUUCCACGACUGGACACCCCAGCACCUCCCCUCUGCCCAGCGCCUGCUGACGUGCCUCAGUCGCCAGACGCGCGACAAGCUCAACAAGCUUGGGUACCUCAACGCCAUUGGGCUGUACGCUGUCGUUGGCGCACGCAGCGAACGCGAAACCAUGCAGCAGCUUACACAUGCGAGGAAGCUUCUUAUGGAAGACAAGCAAGCCCAGAAGGGAAAGAAGAAGGGCAAGGAUUCGGCUAAGCAGCCUGCGGGGGCGUUAACGCCAGACACACAAGCAAUGCAUCGGCUGAGCCUUCUGGGGCAGUUUGUACGCGUGUAUGUGGAAGGACAGGGGCACACGGUCCUGAAAUGGCGCAACGACAUGACAGCCCAAGACGUUUUGGUGGACACAUGCUCCAACCGAAACGUUUCAUUUCGCGACUACUACCUGGUGGCCUCUGUGCGGGAUGCGCAGCAGGGCGGCGGAGCGCUGUGCACACGCCGCCUCCUCCCCGAAGCCGUCGUGGACGAACACAUGAGCAACUUUCGCCUCAUGCGCAAGGCGCAACGCCACAUCACGCUCACGCGCACGCUGGGCGAGAGCUUUGGGCUGGUGCUGGAUCAACUGCAGGUGCAGGCGGGGGACAUGGCUGCGGAUGAGGUGGUGGUUGAGGAUGUCCUGUCUGCGUCGCCAGCAAGCGCGGCAGGGCUGCAGGUUGGAGACUGCUUGCUGGAGCUGUCGGGCCAGCCCCUGUCCGGGUCAAACGUCGGAUAUGUGGAGCAGCUUAUGCUGAAGGCGGUGCAACUGAACCUGCUGGUGCGACACGAGGGCACGCGGGCGUCGCAGCUGCCCGAGAACGCAUACGGGGAGCUGGCGGCGUAUGUGUCACAGCACAUGCUGGCACCACCGCCACGGCUGUCACGGCGCAGGCGACGGCGGCGACCACCACGCAGCGGUGUCACUGGGGGAGGGUAUGGUAGCGAUGAUGACGAUGAUGAUGAUGAUGACGCUGGUGCAAAGGAGAUCGAGCCACCCCCAUGUGUAUGCGAGCUGUGGGCAGCGGAUGCGCUCGGCAGCAAGUAUGGCCACUUUGUCAAUGGUGUGUGCCCACUCUGUCGGCGCGCAGUGCGCAGCCCUGACAGCAAAGUGACAACAGCAACAGCAGCACAGAUGAAUGGACGGGGUGCCGGCGGCGUUGACCGCGGUGAACAAAGGCAAGCAGUGUCAAGCGAUGAUGACAGUGAGGAAGAGGAUGAGGAGGAGGAUGAAGCAGGGGCAGGUGGUGGUGGUGGUGGUGGACGCAGCAACAGCAGCAAGAAGAAGAGAAAGCAGCAAAAGAGCCCGAAUAAGCGCGUGCUUGUGGAUCACCCGAGCAAGCAGGUCAAGUCACGAUCGUUCAAGUUUGCUGCAAACGAGCCGCUCGAUGACAGCGAUCCUCACCAGUUUGCACGGCAGGUGUCGUACUUUAUUCGUGACACGGACGCCGUGACACGGUACAUGCAGCAGCUGGUGAAGCAGGCUGCACACGACGACGUUUUGGAGGAGGAGGAGGAGGAGGAGGAGGAGGAGGAGGAGGAGGACCAAGACGAAGCGCAAAAGGAAGACGAAGAAGGUGAACAAGGGGGGAAAAUUGAUGGAGAUGAAGACGAGGAUGAGGAAGAAGACGAGGAUGAGGAUGAGAAGUGGGAUGAGGAAGAAGGGCCGGGCGGCGUGGGGGCUGAUGGCGAUGUUGCUGGUGCUGCCUCAUCGCAUCGAAGACAGGGGAGUAGCGCCGCGAGCACGCAAAUGGCAGCGGUAACAGCACCUACAGGUGAUGCCGAGAGCGACAGCACUGCAGACAAUGAAAGCGUGACCAGUGGCGUUUCGUCUGCUCUGGCAUCAUCUUCGGCUGCGUCCACGCCGCUGCCGCUCGCUGUCUCCUCUGAUGCCCGCGUCACCCACCACCAGCAGCAACAGCAGCAACAGCAGCAACAGCAGCAAACACCGCGGCGACACAUGUCCAUGUCUGCUGUUGAGCGCGGUGGACAGCACACGAGGGCGCUGCUGUUGGCUGCGUCUGACGCCAUGAGCCCGCUCGCUGCGAAGAAGACCAAGGAGUUGAUUCGGCUGCGCGCCACCAUCCUUGAGCUGGUUGAAACGGAACGCAGCUUUGUCGACAGUCUCGACAUGAUGCAAGAGCGGUUUAUCCGCCCGUUGAUUGCAGAGCGCAUGCUGUCGUCGUCGGCCCAGGCGACUGUGGUGUCCAACUUGCCUGAGCUGGUUGCGUUUCAGCAUGGCUUUCUGCAGCAGCUUGAGUCGAGCUGCCGCGUGGUGUUGGCGUCCUCCAGCACACGCAUGUCGCCCUCGGAUGCGCGCGCGCUCACGCGUGCUGCCGACGCGCUUGCCCAGCUCUUCCUGGCCAAGGCCAAGCCGUUCCGCAUGUACGCGCGAUACUGUGCCACGCACGCCGCUGCCGUGAAGGUGGUGAGCAAUGAGGCGGACCCAGCGCUGCAGGCGUGGCUUGAUGCGCGCAACCCGCGCCAGGAGCAGUCGGCAAAGCUCUCCUCACUGCUCAUCAAGCCCGUGCAACGCGUGCUCAAGUACCCGCUGCUGAUGCGAGAGCUCGCCUCACACAUCCCUGGCGCAGGCCCUGUCAAGGCGAGCGUGCAGCGCGCACUGGACUCCCUUGCGGCAUUGGCGACACACAUCAACGACAUGACGCGGCUGUGCGAGACGUUUGCAGAGCCGCUGGCACAGAGCCUGCCCUCGUUUGACCUGAGCCAGCACCUGGAAUCGCUGGAGACCUCGGAGGAAGUAAUGUGGGUGAAUGCGCUUGACGACCGCGGGCGCCCGCGCCGGCACGUGCCCUGCCACUUGCUCAUCUUCUCGCACGCUAUUCUCGUGUUUGAGAAGCUGCCGUCAACGGAGAAGCCCAGCAAGCGCAAGGGCCCCUCCUCCAUCACGCCGCUGCCGCGCUACGUGUUUGUGGCGCACGUGCCGCUCGCCAACGCCAUGGUUGCGCCGCGGUUGGACAAGCGCGUGCAGGCUGUAGGCCCCAAUGCAAACGCCGUGUCGUGGACGCUGUACCACGUGCAGUCAGAGCACGUCGGCCACGACGACAGCCAGCGCCACCUUCAAGAUGGCCGCGACCAGCAACACCAGCAGCGGCAGCAGCCGCCAGACGAGGCGGCGGCGGCACACCUGCAGCGAAGAGACAGCCAGGGGCAGCAGCAGCAGGCAGUGGUGCAGCAGGGUCGCGAUGAUGAUGCUGCAGUGAGUCGCUCGCCACGGCUGCUGCGCCGACCUUCGCUCUCUGGGGUGAAGCGGGCAAAGCGGCCGCUGCUGGCGUCGUCGUGCAUGACGGUUGUGGACGAGGCGACGGGCCGCACCCAGCAUGUGUACUGCUUUGGGAUGGAGUAUGAUGCUGCCAAGACAGCCAUUGUCAAGCGCAUCACAGACCUCAUCGUGCGCAGGGCGCACUGAGGGCCGUGGUGUGUGUAAGUGUGUGCAAGUGAGUGUGUGUGUGUAAGUGUGUUUAAGUUGUUGUUUGUGUGUGUAAGUGUGUUUAAGCUGUUGUUUGUGGUGUUCAUGCUGGCAGCGGCGGCGGCAGUGGUGUGUAUGUGCGUGAGUGCUGCGAGUUGUUGCUGCUGGAUACGCUUUCGAGAGAAGUUAGCUGAAACACUGAUGAGAUGCGGUGUUUGUUUCUUGGUUUGAAUGUCGAUCGAACGCAUGCUGUUCAUCUUCAGGCAGUUUCCUUUCCUUUCCUUCCUCCCUCUCGGUGUAUAUUACUCUUUUGAUGAUGAUGGCAUGGUGGUUGUUGAACUCGUGCCUUCUUCUUCAUGCCUCUCUCUUGUCCAUUACUAGGUACAUAGCUGAUUGCAGUCCAGCUGCGUUCGUAUCAGGUGUCAAGCCAUUGCAGACACACAAGAC